UUGGAGGCAGCCAUAAAGCCGCGUCGAUCCCCAGCCUCCACUGCAGAGCAGCUGCAGCCAUGAGUGCGAUGGGGACCCCCAACGGGGCGGCCAUGGCGCCGGUGCUGUCGCCUCACUCUGCCCUUCUUCUCAUUGCCGUCGUGCUCACUGCCAUCCUGCUGCUCGCCAGGACUCGCCACAAGGCCACUCGUGGCCAGAGCCCGCCGGGUCCUUUCGCGUGGCCUCUGGUGGGCAACGUCCUGCAGAUGGGCCGCCUGCCCCACCUCACCUUCAUGCGCAUGGCGUGCCGCUAUGGAGCCAUCUUCCAGCUGCGCCUGGGCCGGCACCGGGUGGUGGUGCUCAAUGGCGAGGCGGCCAUCCGGCGGGCGCUGGUGGGGCUGGGCACGCGCUUCGCCGGCCGGCCUGACUUCCCUUCCUUCGGGCUGGUGUCAGGUGGGCGCAGCAUCGCCUUUGGGGGCUGCACGCCCCAAUGGCGGGCACGGCGGCGGCUGGCCCACACUGCCCUAAGGGCUCAUUCAACGGUGGCUGAGGUGGAGCGGCACGUGGCGGCCGAGGCGGGUGACCUGGUGCAGCUCUUCCUGAGGCACAGCCAGGGUGGUGCUUACUUCCAGCCCUGCCCGCUCUUAGUGGUGGCCAACGCCAAUGUCCUCUGCGCUCUCUGCUUUGGCCGCCGCUAUGACCACGCUGACGGCGAGUUCACCGCGUUGCUUGGCCGCAAUGACCGCUUUGGGCAGACGGUGGGGGCUGGCAGUCUGGUAGAUGUACUGCCCUGGCUCCUGCGCUUCCCCAACCCCGUCCGUCAUGUCUACCGUGACUUCCAGGCCCUCAACCGGGAGCUGCACGGCUUUGUGCAGGCCAAGGUGGCACAGCACCGCCAGACCUUUGACUGGCGGGCAGUCCGUGACAUCAGUGAUGUCAUGAUCGCCUCUGUAGAGCGUGGUGGUGGGUCCCCUGAUGGGCUGGGACCUGAGGACGUGGAAGGUGCCAUGACCGACAUCUUUGGCGCGGGGCAGGACACCACGUCCACGGCGCUCUCAUGGAUCAUCCUGCUGCUGCUGAAGCACCCGCAGGUCCAGCAGGACCUUCAGGCUGAGCUGGAUCGGGUGGUGGGACGCAGCCGGCUGCCCACAGCUGAGGACCGACCCCAUCUGCCCCUUCUGGAGGCCUUCAUCUACGAGACGCUGCGCUACAGCAGCUUUGUGCCCAUCACCAUUCCACAUGCCACCACGGCUGAUGUGGAGCUCGAGGGCUUCAGCAUCCCUAAGGGCACUGUGGUCUUUGUCAACCAGUGGUCAGUCAACCACGACUGCAGCAAGUGGCCCGAGCCACAGCGCUUCGACCCCACGCGAUUCCUGGACAAGCAGCAGCGCCUGGACCGUGAGCGGGCCGGAAGCGUGAUGAUCUUCUCGGCUGGCCAGCGGCGCUGCAUUGGUGACCAGCUCUCCAAGCUCCAGAUCUUCCUCUUCACCGCCAUCCUCCUCCACCAGUGCUCCUUCCACGCCAACCCAGCGGAGCACCUCACCAUGGACUGCAUCCAUGGGCUGGCGCUGAAGCCACUGCCUUUCACCGUCAACGUGCGGCCGAGGCUCCCCCUGCUCAUCCAGCCAUGAUGGCCCAUCCAGCCGAGGGUCAUCAACAGGGUGGCAGGGGACACCUUGCCUUGCACGCUAGUGAUUCCUGCUGCCUCGUAGUGCCAAUGGCAGUGAGUCCCCGCAGCAAUAAACACCUUUGACACAG